AUGUCAAAAGCUUCAAUUGCCAUUAUCGGUCUCAAUGGGUUUAUUGGAAAGCACGUUUUGAGUGCCAUCAACUCGGGUACAUUUGACUCCAAGAUCCAAUUCCCCAUUAAAGCAAUUACUCGUAAAGAAGGGUCCAAAUCAACUGACAAGAUUGAGUAUAUCGUUUCACCAGAAACAUCACCUAACGACGCCAAUUUGAUCAAUUCAAUCAAGGGAGUUGACGUUAUUAUUGAAUUGACGGGACCUAACCCUGAGUUGUUUUCCAAUAUUGAAAAGAUUGUUGCUCAAGUCAAGCCCAAAUUGUUUAUUCCAUCACAGUUUGGUACUGAUAUUCCUCAAGUUGACACUUAUGCCCCUGGGUUUUUGGCUUUAAAGUCUCAGCAUUCCGAAGCUGUGCGUAAAUUGGGAGUUAAGGUUGUCGAUAUCAUUACUGCGUUAUUUGCUGUUCCCGGAGCAUUCCUUUAUGACUGGGUUGGAGCCGUUGGUAUUACGGAACAAGGAGUCAACUUGAUUGGUGAUGCCAAUCAGAAAUUUAACAUAUCCAAAUUGGAAGAUGUGGGAAACGUUGUGUUGGCAGUUGCCACUCAUCAACCAUACUCGGAUUUACCUGAUGUUAUUCAUGUUGCCAGUGAUACAAUUACCGUUCAAGAUGUUAUUGAUAAGUAUACAAAGACAAAGGGUACCAAAUUGGAUAUUGUAUCAAAGAAGUCUGCUGAAGAAGGUAAGAAGGAAUUUGUUGACAAGUUGAAGGCUGGUUUUAACCCCAAUGACUUUUUGUUUUACUUGCAAGUGAUUAUCGCUCAAGGAACAGACAAGGGAUUAUACUUUAGCAAGUUGGAUAAUGAAUUGGUCAAUCCAAAUGAAUCGUUGUGGAAAUGGGGUAAAUAUUAA